GUAGUGGGGCUUGCCUGCUCCCCAACAUCACCACCGACAGCUCCACCACCACGCGAGGCAGUAGUCGCACUAGUAUUAGAUAGCACCAGCGACAGCUAGGCAGCUCUCCUUCUCAGCAGCCAGAUCCAUUUGCCUAAACUCUCGCAGCGAACUGACCACUAGCUAGCUACUUGGUGAGUGAGGUUAGUCUGUAGCGAGAUGGCAGAAAUCGUGAGCGCGACCAGCGGGGUGAUGAAUCCGCUCCUGGGCAAGCUCACCGUGCUGCUCGGGGAGGAAUACAAGAAGCUCACCGGGAGGUACGUGUUGUGAGGAGAGGAUCGAAUGGCGCAAGCUCCAGGGGGAGGGGCAUGGAUGAGCAGCGGUGGGUUCCAGUUCCUGGAGGAAGAUGAGGCGGACGCUUUCACGGAGCGGCAGCCGGGAGCAAAGAUCAUCAACAACAUUGUCGUCAUCCGGUCGACUUGCUUCAAGGUGGUGCGAGGCCUUGGGUACUUGGCACUUCUAUGGUCGACCACGGUCCUUCUCGGCGGAUUCGCCACGGAUCUGACUCCUACGGACUUUUGGUUCAUCACGGCCAUCAGUUUUAUGCAAGCUGCCGGGCUGUUCAACCUGAUCGGAGAUCAUACGUUUGCUUCUUUUAUGAAGCGGGCGCUUCCUCCAAUAGUAAUGCAUCCACCAUCUUGUGGAGCCUGCAUUCUACUUUGGUUGAAGAAAGAAAUUCAUAAAACAUGUAGUACUGCAAUACUGCUUGUCCUCAUGGCGUUGGCAGAAUCUGUUAUUUAUGUUGGGCCAGCGAUUUGCUACGGUAUGGCACGCGUAGGAUUAACGGCACUGGAGCAUGGCAUCGACGAGGGAUAUGACAGUAAAGCAAACCUGAAGCCGGCAUUGGUCUUAUUCUACCGCUUGACUCAAGCUCAAUCUUUGAUGCAAAUAGGUUCGGUAGAGUAUGAAAUACUUUGGGGCCAAAUGGUGAACUUGGUCUGCCUUAAGUAUGGGCUAAAUAACCAACUAGUUGCGGCAUACUUUUCUGAAACCGAACGCAGAUAUGAGAAUGAUCCGGCUUGCAUCAAGAGCUGGACUUUCGUUACUUAUGGUGCAGGCUUGCUAGACUCGGCAUCGCCGGAUGACUAUCUCUGUGGAGCAAGGGUGCUAAACAUGUUGAUCAACCAAGGGUUAUCAAUAAGAAGACUGUUGAUUCUAUCUCCGAGACAGACAAUUGAGAAGCUGAUCCGAACUCUCCGUUCGGCAAGCCCACUGGAGAGGGAGACGAGAGGACUUUCAGCGAGGAUUGUAGCCCAUCUCUCUACUGACCUCAAACUUGCAGAGUUGCCAAGAGCAUUAGGAUGCGUAUCCUCCCUCCUCGAUGCCUCUGGUCAUAACAACGGCGAUCAAGAAGCCGUGUAUUAUUCUCUAACUGGCAGUAACCCACCAAUGUUCAUUACCAACACCACCACCAUACUUGCUCUCAUUACGGCAGGUGUGCAAUUCAUCACCGGCAAGCUUCUAGGCUUGUUCCGGAAGAAGAAGCAAGAGAAACAAGAAAGUAGUGAAGCAGCUGAAGGAAGUAACGGAGAUCUGGUUUUGCAAGGUCUGAGAAUCCUUGAGAACCUGGCUCACGACCAGGACAACUGUGCAGAGAUUUACGGGUACAACGAUCUGCUCUCAAAGAUAGUUGCCCCUGUGAGCUCCAGCAGUUUAAUGGAAGAUAUCGAGAUCAAUGUUGCUUGGAAAAAGGUGGUAGAUGGAUCAUUGAGAAUGAUCAGUCAGCUCAUGGGAGCUCCAGGAGACACCGGCAAGAACAUGCGCCGGCAAAUUGCAGAUGACACCUCGGCAGUUGCAAACUUGGAGGCAGUUCUGAGCCUGGAAAUCAACAGCGAGUCUCUACAGCUGAAGACCCGAGCAAUAGACGUUCUUGCACAACUGAUUUUCGAUGAGUCUACAAGUUUGCAUACCAAUGGAAGUGAAAAUCUUGUUUUGAAGAAAGCCAAGGAAGCACUUAACAAGGCUGCGCUAAAUUUUUUUCUUGUCAGCAAAUGGAUGGAAGAUUAUCUGGCAGAGAGAAGAAAAACGAUAGACGAAGAAAGUGCACGAGAAUAUUCGGCUCUCGGGGAGUUCUUGGCGCAAGAGAAGAAAGCAGCUGCCGAAACUGCAAGGCGGCUUAAAGAAAAGGCUGGAGAAGCCCUGGUCAUUCUGUCCAUGAAAAGUCAGAGCAAUUCAAAUGAUAUAAAAAACUUCACAGAAUGCGGCAGAGACGUCUUACAUCUUCUUACUGAAAUGCUGGAUUCCAACUCCCAGAUUAUGAUGACCACCAAAUGUAGGACCAGCGCUGCAGCCAUUCUGAAGCACCUAUGCACUCAUUGUGCAUUGCCAGCAGUGGUUGUGGCUGUGCCAGCACCACUGGAUGUUGUCUAUUUAAAGGAAACAACGUUAAAGAAGGUACUUGCAGAGUUGCUACAUAUAAAGCCAGAACCAGAAGCACCAAACACGCUCUGCUGCUGCAAAUGCUGCUGGCCUUUUACUCCAGUAAGAAGAAAUGGGGACAUAGAGAACCCAAUAUGUUGCGGAGGUGGCAGCAGCAAGCAUGAACCUUCCUCUCCACAUACCCACAUCAACCAACAGUCCGAGGAGAGGAGGCUGCGAGCAGCACUGCUAUCGCUCUGCGCGAAGAUUCGCUCGAGGCUGAUCAACAACGCCGGUGAUUUCGCAAACCUAGCGGUGAGGCUGGUUUCCCCGGAUGAUCUUGCCGGGAAGCUCAAGAAAGUCGUGGAAGAGAACAGCCACGCCACGCCUGCCUCCAUGGCGAUCCUGAAGCUUACCUGCGAGAUGGUCAUGGCGUUGAUCCCGCAUGAUGGUGACGUCGAAGAGGUGAGGAAGAAGAGGGAGAUCGUCGAGGCUCUGUCGCAGGCUUCGGGAACCAUGGCUGGGGUUGAGAGCUGCUUGCUUUUCGCCCGCGCCGACCAUGACUGCCACGGCAUUGCUGUGAAGCCUCUCUACUCUGCUCUUGUGAAACAGGCGGAAGAGCUUUUGAGGCAGAAAGAGACUGCAUUGGGGAUCAAUGUGCCUGCCGCUGCCGCAGGACCAUGAUGGCAGUAUUGUUUGUUUCGUUGUGUCGAUGUCCGCUUCAACUUUCGGUUAACAGACUCGGAGCUCUUCUUUUGCUACUUUGCUUCUACUGCUUACCGUCGUUCGUUGUGUGUGGGUGUGUCCCCUGUUGAAGUUUGUACCAGCUCUCAUGAACAUCAUCUUAUCUGUGCUGCCAAAUGAUUCUAAGUUGUUUUGUUCAAGCCGUUUUGCUCUA